AUGUCCCUCCCGUCGACACUACCCAAGAUCCUGGCAUGCAUCUACAAGUACGGAGUCCAGCACGGUACCGCACUACAACAGUACGCCCAGUACGGAUGCUCUGUCUGGACAUGGGACAGAGCCUGGCCGAGCCCGCCCCUCACCGUUGAGGGUCAAUCACGAUCUCCCCUGGCCUACCCUUCGUCGGUCUCUGCCAUGACGAUUCCCUUGUCGGACCCAGACCAGGCGCGACAUCAUGGCCAGCCAGCCAGCCAGCCAUCCAUCCAUCCAUCGACGGUCGACUGCAACGACCACACACCUCUGUGCGGCGCAGGGCACCCUGACGCUGGAAUUCAACCCACCAACUGCCAUCCAGCCUGGUGUAUGCUCCCUCCAUCCCUCCCUUCCAACGCCUCUUCUCGUCACUGGCCGCGCCGCGCCGCGCCUUUCUCGAUCAAGAACGCGCGGGUGCUGUGA